AACCAUAGAUAAAGACCACAUAAAGACCACAGGAUAAAGCAGGAUAAAGACAAGUUGUAAACAAUUACAAUAGGCUAGGGCACAGUCUGCGAAACUUUAGCGAUGAUUUAAAGCAUUAGUUGUACUUAUCUUGUGCGAUUACCAGUGAUUGAUCGAGUUUAGCGUCGUUUUUCAAUUCACCAUCUUGAGUCUUGUAGUGUUUCACAAACAUGUCGAAGCCCAGUCACAUUUUAAACGUUUUGAAACAAGCACUUAUAACGUUUACCACUACCAAGCACAAAGCGGAAUCGUUUCCAUUGAAUUUGGAAGCUCUCAUAGCUCUACUAGACAAAACAACUGCCGAGCAUGUUAAUUUUCCACGUCAGUUCCUCAAUCCACAGCUGUGGGAACAUCCAGAUAAGGCACCAGUGAGUUGCAUCGAAUUAUUCGAGGAUGACCAUCUCACCAUGGGAAUAUUCAUUCUGAAACCAAAUGGAAAACUGCCACUUCACAAUCAUCCUCAGAUGCAUGGACUAAUUAAAGUAAUCGCUGGUCAAGUCAAGAUAGUGAGCUACUCACUCAAUACAGAUAAAACCCAGGAAGUGGACAACAAAAGUUUCCAGGACAGCACGGCUCCAAUGCCUUUCAAGCCAAAAGCUGGCAAUUACAGCAUAGUAACUGCGGAACUGAACGAAAUUACGAUAGCUGGGGUAAACAGCCCUCCCUGUGUUCUUGAACCCAACUACAAAAACCUACAUGAAAUUCAAAGUUUAAAUGAGCCUGCAGCCUUUUUGGAUAUCCUGGCUCCUCCAUAUGGCUAUUCUGAUGCCGAUUACGAUUCAAGAAAGUGUUCAUAUUACAACAAAUUAAGUCAAGUAAGUUCAGACGUGUUUCGUUUACAAGAAAUUAGAUCACCAUUGUGGUAUUGGACUGACUCCCAUCCUUACACUGGUCCAGAUUUGUAUGAAGCUGGUUUAAGUAAUUAAUUUGAAGUGAUAUUGUGGUUUAUUAGUGAUCGUGAUGGUGAAUGGUAAAAUACGCCUAUUUAGGUCCUUCCCAGCCAUCUUUAGGGCUCAAUGAAAUUCUGAAAAUACAUCUACAUUGGCAUGUUGCUAUAUAGCUUUCUAUGCAAAUAUAGCACUAACUGUUAACCGAUAAAUUCAAGAACCUAAAUCGGCAUCUUUUACCAGUUAAUUCGAAUGCUAAUUUGCAAAUUGAAAGUUUUUAUUUUUGCUAUUGAAAGUGUUCCUAAUAUUGAACAUUGUCAUGGUCCGUUUUUAGUCUGAUAAUAAAAUUCUUACAUUCUAAAUGCUUGGCCCAGUAUUUUCUAUUUGGCUGGGCAUUAAUCACUACUUAUAAAAUUGAAAAAACUUAAUUAUAGUUAUUUAUAUAAAUUAUUUCAGAUUUAUUGUUAUCGCUUAUGCGUGUAUGUUGAAUUUGCUCAAUAAAUGUUACAAUAACAUCAUCUUUUGAGCAUGAUUGACUUAAGUUUGAAUAGUUAUUAUUGCUCUGUAUCGUCAUUCAAAAAUAGUUAAUACUCCUACCGAAAUGUUUUGAAGAAUGUGUUUAAGAAUUGAGCUAAAACAUGAAUGAAUUCCAGUUU